GAGCGAGGGCAGAAUCUUUAGUGAAAAGACAGUGUAACACAGAUGCUGUUGCCUGUUGGAUAUAUAAUAUGGUGUAAGAGUAGCCUAAUUUAUGACAGCAACCGAGAUUUUUAUCAGACUUAGUCGAGGCUUCCGAAAUGACUUCAUAAUCCUCGAAUUAAGUGGCUGUUGUCUACCAUGACGCGAUUUGUAUGUAUUUGCCUCCUAUGUGCUACGAUGAGUGGAGUAGGCCUUUCCACUAUGCUUCCAAAGAACUCACAGAACAUAACAUGUGUUUCAACCCUUCGCCUGGAUGGCUUAUACCUAACAUGUGAUUGGGACCCUUUGGGAAUAUCAACAAGCACGCUAUACUCAGUUACACUGAGAAGACAAAACAGGUACAAUGUUAAAGAAAUCCCUGUGGAGGGCUAUAUCACUACGGACAACAAAAACUUUUCUCGUCGCCUGAUGGGCAUGGGGUAUGCUGUAACAGUAACAGUAAAUUCAUCUAAUGAGACCUGGCAAAUCCAUAUUGACAACUUGUUUGACAUUGUGAAAUACGACCCGCCAUAUCGUGUAUGGACUGAAGCCUACACAGGAGGUAUCCGAGUUAACUGGGAAACAAGACAGGAUUAUGACAAAAUAUGUGAUGUUCAGUACCUUCAAGAAGCCCCUCACAUAGAGAAAGUAUGGAGUACCACAACUGAUUUCCAUGAAGCCAACACUAUGAAUGUUACUAUGAAUAUUACUGAUGUGAAGCCAUGCUUCAAUUAUACUGCAUCAGUGCGCUGUUCUGUCGGAAAGCCAUUGUCCCCUUGGAGUGAUUGGAGAAGCAAUACAACCUUCCUGCCACUUAGUGUAGAUUCCAUUGCACUCCAACUAUGGAGAAGGGUGCUGGAGCCGGUUGCAUCGGGCAUGAGGAGGACGGUUGAUCUCAUGUGGAAGGGUCCUCCUGUGUCCUGCCAAGCCAUUGAUGGGUACAAGAUUGUUGUUGAUUCUAACGUCACUGGGUAUUUAGAGCCUACCCAGAACCAGACCUCGAUUGAGCUCAGUGCCACAGCCCAUCGAGUGGUGAUAGCUGCAUAUAAAAAUGAAACCACGCUUUGUGAUGAUUCAGUCGUGAUUUCUGGUGUUGCUGAGUUGGCCGGAGAGGGUCCUCCUGUUCAUGUGGCCCAGGCGACCGCUGUUGAUGGCCAAAUCUUGGUGUCGUGGGCCGCGCCACAAGAUCCAGUUAGCAGCUACAUGGUUGUGUGGUACACAAACCGAAGUAUCUACACGUGGCUACAAACUCAAGAGACAAACCUCUCAUUUCCUGGUGUGCCGCAGGAACUUUACACUGUCAUUGUUACUCCACUUUACAACGACACCCCAGGAAAUGACAGCACCCUUUACAUUUACACAGAGGAGGGGGACCCUGCUAAGGUCACUGGUGUGGAGGUCACUGAUGUGGAUGACACGUGGGCAAAAGUGGAGUGGGACACUGUCCCUUCUGACCAUUGUUGUGGCUUCGUCCUCAACUACACAGUGCUCUACAAGGCUACUGACACACAGGAGCCAGAGCUCAAUGUUACAGUGAACAGCACAGGCCAGCCUGACAGACGGCACUCUGUAAUACUCAAGGACCUCCAACCCGAUACAGCUUACAGUGUGUAUGUGAUGGCUUUCUCCAUUGCCGGAUCCAGUGAAAGCAAUUCUUAUGGCUUCACAACAAGAAAAUUUGGGCAAGUCUUCAUUACGAUACUGGUGAGGACUGGAGUUGUAAUGUUCUCACUGCUGAUCGCUGCACUGUCACUCUUCAUUCUGCUGAGGAGGAUGAGGAUUCAGAAGGUGCCAAAUCCAGGACUGAGCUCCGUAGGCCAGUGGCACAAAAUGUCUUCCACUCCCUGGGUAAUCAGUCAGCCCGGACAAAACAUGCCAUGUGAUAUCUCCACCCUGGAGGCUAUCUUACCUCUUCCUUUCGACCCUGAAGAAACUCACCUGUUCAGCCCACAGGUGCGCACAGACCUGUCUCAGGACAACGAGAGUGUCAUGCCUGGUCGCAGCACCAGAGCAGCUGAUUCUACUGACACACUCUCCAACAAAGCCCAGACCAAUGCUAGUUCCGAGGACAAGCCAUUGUUAGGAAAGCAUGCUGAUGAGCCGUGCCUGGAGCAGACUCUAUCUUAUAUCUCCGUGGAGACGGGCAAAACAUUGGACCGUACUAUGGAAACCCAAUGUUCCUCUUUACAGACUAAACCUGGGGAACAUGAGCCAUGCUUGGAGCAGACUCUAUCUUAUAUCUCUGUGGAGACAGGCCGUACUAUUGAGACCCAAGGCUCCUCUUUACAGACUAAACCUGGGGAAAAUGAGCCAUGCUUGGAGCAGACUCUAGCUUAUAUCUCUGUGGAGACAGGUCAAACAUUGGCCUGUACUACAGAGACCCAAGGUUCCUCCUUACAGACAAAAUCUGCUGAACUGGAACCUGGAAAACAAAGCACUGUAAACACGGUUCUGUCCUACCUCACAGUGGAUCAGUGCCAUCGCACCAAAUAAGACGUUGUUGAUGUAAAAAAUAAAUAUCUUAAAAACAUCAGAUUAAUAUAAUGAUUAACCAGGAAAUAUUGAAUGUAACAUUUGUGCAUGUAUGUCGGAUAAUGUGAGCAUGUAUGACUGUAGGAUGUUAAAAAAAAAAGCUGCUACUUUGAAUUCUUGCUAGUUGCUAGACUUGACUUCCACAUUCACAUCUGGAAUGCGCUGAUAGUUGGUGGAAAUCAUUCUUCCCUCAGACUGUACCACUGCUUUCUGGCAGUUACUAAGGAAAAAAAAUAAUAAAACUGCAAUCAGAACUGCUGUAAAUGGAUUGUUUUCACUCUUGAACACUCUCCAGGCACACCACAGAGGGGUAUACUGAGGGGAAAUUAGAGUGGAAUGUUGAGCCUUGAGCCAGAUGGGCGUUCAAAUUUGACAUACAGGCAAAUGAUCCCAGUAGGCCCAAAUAUAUUCAU